CAAAAACAUCCACUUGGGAGAUUCGACAAACCCACCGUCGACUACGCACAUCCAACACCUUUCAUACCUGGCCAAAUCAUGCUGUCAUUCCAUCGCUGCCAGCUGCAGGAGGUCGCGUUUCAGCCUGUUGAAACGUGCGGCUACUCCAACGUCAUCCCCGCCGGUCAGUCCGAUAUAUAUCCCUGACAGUCUAAAAUGCUCCCCAAGCCAGAGAGAUCUGAAGGCCCCUCGCCUUCGAGAGCAGCCGUGGGCACCGGUCGUUCUUCACCAGUAUACACUAGAACUUUUCGCGAUGAACAACACCGACGGCGUCCGCAACCGCAGGGAGUCACAUACGAAAACAAAGGAAAUUAAGCCCCUUUUCACGACGGAUGCCCUUCCAACGGAGAGGAAGCGGCGCUUGCAGACCCAGACAAAGAUCAAACGCACCCGCCCCCCUCCUACCACGCCGGCUCUCACAUUUCAUCCCUUUCAGAACCGUAUCCGCUCAGGCCGCCAAGAUCCGUCCCUUCCGACGGCUCGUUACUCUCCUGACACCUCGAACGGCGGUUCGUUCGAGGAGCGGGCCGAGCACACACCACACAGUGCAACCAACGAGUUGCCAUUCACCCCCGAACCGUAUGAUCCGCUGUCUCAUACACGACCUCGCGCUUUCGACCCCUCCGUUGCCUGCCAAGCACCGCCUAAUCAUGAAAUGAACCCACCAUCUCUCGAGUACGACUCGCCACUAUCCUACACCUCAUCGUCCUCACCCACUACGUCUGAUCGGUCCCCGACCAACUUCCCCGAGGGCUCCGGUUAUGAGAUAGCCAAUUUCCAAAUCUCACCCACAAGCGAAGAUUUCUAUCAUUCACAUUCAUACAGCCCUGCUGUGCAGGGCGAUGAGCAGUACCACCUUUAUGGCAAUGUUGGAGUCGUGAAUUACCCGAUUUCUUAUCCUGAUACCAACUACGGCGGGGUCGCUCCUAACGCAGUCCCUUCGUAUACAACCAGCUAUCGGCCACCCCCUUCCCGCUGAUUUGGUAUUACAGCCUGUAGACCUAGAGAUCUAUAGGCGCGGAUUUGAAGGGACCACCGUUCUAGCCGUACUUUCAUCAUUCAACUAUAUAAUGCAUAACAUGUGUUUUCCAUUCAUUGCUGUGUAUCAUACCGCAGC